CUAAGUGCGUCUACCCUCCGAGCAACAACUCAGCACACCCCCUUCAUUGAAUUCAUCGUAAAAACGACGUUAACAGAUAUGUGAUAGAUUAAAAGUCCAAAAUUAAAUCACCGAGUCAUCAACUAUAAAAAAAAACCGUCCUAAACUUCAAGAAGCCCCUUUGAAAAUAAAAAGAAAAUGGCAAAUACAGCUCAUUUAGUUCGGAGACAAAGCUCCCGGGAUUUAAACCCCCAAAGAUCACUCGAUCGACUCGAAUUGAGGGAGAUGCGGGGGCGUUUGGUUGUCGUUGAAAAUGGAAACACGAAUAACAUGUACGGAGCGACGAACAUAGCCUUCGAAGAUACAAGCCCCAAUUCGAAACAGACCCAAAUCAAAUCGGCUUCAAGCAGUAAAAGGGGAUCCCAAGACGGGAAAGUUUUUAAGCCGGAAAGUGGGGAGGAUGAUCGGGAAUCUUGGGAUAGUAAGUUAACAUUUUUGUUGGCAACAGUUGGUUACGCCGUUGGAUUGGGGAACGUCUGGAGAUUUCCCUAUUUAGCACAAAAGAACGGCGGAGGAGCGUUUUUGAUUCCCUAUUUUAUUAUGUUGGCGGUCGAAGGGAUUCCAAUUUUUUAUCUUGAAUUAGCGAUUGGGCAAAGGUUGAGGAAAGGUGCCAUUGGAGUGUGGAAUCAAGUUUCAUGUUAUCUUUCAGGAAUUGGAAUAAGUAGUGCUGUCGUAUCAUUCAACGUAGCCUUAUAUUAUAACACCAUAAUUGCUUGGUGCUUAUUUUAUUUAGCACAAAGCUUUCAAUCGGAAUUACCUUGGUCUGAAUGUCCCAAUAUGUAUUUUCCGAAUGGAUCUUAUUCUCCAGAACCUGAAUGUACAGCAAGUAGUCCAACUCAAUAUUUUUGGUACCGCCAAACUUUAAUGGUAUCAGACGACAUCAACACCCCACAAGUUUUUAAUUGGAAAAUUGCUUUGUCUUUAGUCGUGGCUUGGAUUUUGGUUUAUAUGUGUAUGAUAAAAGGAAUUGCAUCUUCAGGAAAAGUCGUUUAUGUAACGGCAACUUUCCCUUACAUAGUUUUAAUAAUAUUUUUCUUCCGCGGAAUAACAUUAAAAGGAGCCUCCGACGGCUUAAGACACCUUUUCACCCCAAAAUGGCACACAAUUUUAGAUCCGGUCGUUUGGUUGGAAGCUGGAACCCAAAUUUUCUUUUCACUCGGCCUAGCUUUCGGUGGAUUAAUAGCGUUUAGUUCUUAUAAUCCUGUUAAUAAUAAUUGUUAUCGAGACGCUUUAAUGGUUUCGAUGACGAAUUGUUUCACCUCGAUGUUUGCUGGAAUCGUGGUUUUUUCUAUAAUCGGAUUUAAGGCGACGAUGGUGUACGAAAGAUGUCUCGAUGAUAGAAAUGAAACUUUACGGUAUAUCUUUGGGGCAAAUUUUACCGAGAUUCUUGGUAAUAAAGAAUUAAAAAGUGGAGGAAUUUUUAAUUUUACUGGAAUAAAUGGAAAUUUUCGAAGCGUUGUUAUUCCGGAACUUCCAAUUUGUGAUUUAGAAAAAGAAUUGGGAAAUUCCGCUUCCGGAACAGGCCUGGCAUUUAUAAUUUUCACCGAGGCGAUAAAUCAAUUUCCGGGAGCCCCGUUUUGGUCGAUCCUGUUCUUUCUAAUGUUAUUUACCCUCGGAAUCGAUUCUCAAUUCGGCACGUUAGAGGGUGUAGUCACCUCGAUUGUGGACAUGAAACUUUUCCCGGAUCUGCGAAAGGAAAUAUUAACAGGCGUGAUUUGUUUAACGUGUUGCCUUCUUUCCAUGGGGUUUGCCCACGGAGCCGGAAACUACAUUUUUAUACUUUUCGAUAAUUUUAGUGGAAAUUUUCCCUUAUUAAUUAUAGCGUUGUUUGAAUGUAUAGCGGUUGCGUAUGUUUAUGGAUUAAAAAGAUUUGCAGAUGAUAUUGAGAUGAUGACUGGGCAACGACCGGGUCUUUAUUGGUUAAUUUGUUGGAAAUAUUUAUCACCUUUGACUAUGAUUUCGAUUUUAAUGGCCAGUAUAAUUGAAAUUAUCACCGACGGAUCCGGAUAUCCGGCUUGGAUCGCAUCCGAAGGGAAAACCGAGAGGCAUUCAUGGCCCGUAUGGGCCAUCGUUUUGAUAUCCGUUGUUAUUUUAAUUUCUGUUAUCUGGAUCCCUUUGGUGGCAAUAUGCAGAUUCUUUGGAAUAAUUAUAAUCGAAGAUGAAGAGAAAGCGUGGUUUCCAGCGAACGAUUUGAAAGAAUUCCAUGGAAUUAUGCCCCAUGAAGUGACGACUGCUGAGAAUUUAUUGUUUUGUAUAAGAGCUGAUGGAACUGAAGGGUUGUGUUGCCCCACCGGAUUUAAUUAUGACGAUGAUUUCGAAAAUUAGUAAUUCUUAUUACAAAUAAAUAAAUAUUAUAGGAUACUGCCCGAUGUUUGUAGUGUAUAUAAUUUAUAACAAAACAAAAUGAAAUUAUGAAUAAUGACAAUAAUAAUAUAAAUACAAUAAUUUUUGAUAGAUUUUAGCACUUAAUUUUUAAACAUUAACGAUAAAGAUGAUCUCAAUGUAUUUAAAGAAAUUAAGUAAUACGUAAUAAUUUUUAGUUUAUAAUAUAUUU